AUGUCGGCGACUUCGAGCUCUGUCGCUCAGUUCCGAGCGAACUCAUGCGCGCUUCCGUUGCCGAGCAAAACGGUCAUUGUACCUCACUCUAACGUCAAUACUCUGUCACGAUGCAAAGGCAGGGCCGCAAGAUGCUCGGCUUUGAGAAAAUCGACGGUCGUGGAGAAGAAGUUCUUCGGAAACCGGUUACGCGCGUCCGGAUCGGAGAGGGUACAUGUUUGGCAAUCGGACGGUCCAGGAAAGUCGCCGAAGCUUCGAGUGAUGGUCCGGUCCGCAUUGUCAGGAGCCCCCGAGAAGCCGCUUGGACUCUACGAUCCGGCUUUUGAUAAGGACUCGUGUGGGGUCGGGUUUGUCGCGGAAUUGUCCGGUGAAAGCAGCCGUAAAACGAUAUCGGAUGCUUUGGAGAUGUUGAUACGGAUGACGCAUAGAGGAGCUUGUGGAUGUGAAACGAACACCGGUGACGGAGCUGGAAUUCUCGUGGCUCUUCCUCAUGACUUCUAUAAAGAGGUUGCCAAGGAUGUUGGGUUUGAGCUUCCGCCACCAGGUGAAUAUGCUGUUGGGAUGUUCUUUUUGCCCCAAUCGGAGAGCCGGAAGGAAGAAAGUAAAAAUGUAUUUACCAAGGUCGCUGAGUCUCUUGGACAUACCGUCCUUGGAUGGCGAUUAGUACCAACUGAUAAUUCUGGGUUGGGAAAUGCUGCUUUGAACACCGAACCUGUGAUUGAACAGGUUUUCCUUACACCUACCCCCAGGUCAAAAGCUGAUUUUGAACAGCAGAUGUACAUACUAAGAAGGGUUUCAAUGGUCGCAAUAAGAGCUGCAUUAAACCUCCAACACGGUGGUGUGAGGGACUUUUAUAUAUGUUCUCUUUCCUCACGGACUGUUGUUUACAAAGGUCAAUUGAAGCCGAUUCAGUUGAGGGAUUACUAUUAUGCAGAUCUUGGCAAUGAAAGGUUUACGAGCUACAUGGCCCUGAUACACUCACGAUUUUCCACAAAUACAUUUCCCAGCUGGGAUCGUGCUCAACCUAUGCGUGUCUUGGGCCACAAUGGGGAAAUUAAUACACUACGAGGCAAUGUGAACUGGAUGAAGGCACGUGAGGGUCUAUUGAAGUGUAAGGAGCUUGGACUCUCAAAGAAUGAGAUGAAGAAACUUUUGCCAAUUGUGGAUGCUAGUUCAUCUGAUUCAGGAGCUUUUGAUGGUGUCCUUGAACUUCUUGUUCGAGCAGGUAGAAGUCUACCUGAAGCUAUAAUGAUGAUGAUUCCCGAAGCAUGGCAAAAUGAUAAGAACAUGGAUCCUGAGCGGAAGGCCUUAUACCAGUACUUCUCAGCUCUUAUGGAGCCAUGGGAUGGACCUGCUCUUAUAUCAUUUACUGAUGGCCGUUAUCUUGGAGCUACUCUGGAUCGCAAUGGACUGCGUCCUGGUCGGUUUUACGUCACACACAGUGGACGGGUAAUCAUGGCUAGUGAAGUGGGUGUAGUGGACAAUCCUCCUGAAGAUGUGCUCAGGAAAGGAAGACUGAACCCUGGAAUGAUGCUCCUGGUGGAUUUUGAGAAGCAUGUUGUUGUGGAUGAUGAAGCCUUGAAGCAUCAAUAUUCACUGGCAAGACCUUAUGGGGAGUGGCUUAAAAGGCAAAAGAUUGAACUGAAGGAUAUAGUUGAGUCUGUUAAAGAAUCAGAAAGGGUUGUUCCAGAAAUAUCUGGAGUUGUGCCUGCAUCUAAUAAUGAUGAUAGCAUGGAGAACCUGGGAAUUCAUGGGUUAUUAGCUCCAUUAAAAGCUUUUGGCUACACUGUUGAAGCUUUGGAGAUGUUAUUGCUACCCAUGGCAAAAGAUGGCACAGAAGCUCUUGGCUCAAUGGGAAAUGAUGCACCCUUGGCUGUUAUGUCUGAUAGAGAAAAACUCACAUUUGAGUAUUUCAAGCAAAUGUUUGCUCAGGUGACAAAUCCUCCAAUUGAUCCUAUUCGAGAAAAAAUAGUCACUUCCAUGGAAUGUAUGAUUGGUCCAGAAGGUGAUCUGACAGAAACAACAGAAGAACAAUGUCACCGCUUAUCUCUGAAAGGCUCUCUGUUGUCCAUUGAAGAAAUGGAAGCAAUUAGAAAGAUGAAUUACAGAGGUUGGCGAAGUAAAGUUCUUGACAUAACUUAUUCUAAGAACCGCGGAAGGAAGGGAUUGGAAGAAACCUUGGAUAGGAUUUGCGCUGAGGCACGGGAAGCAAUCAAGGAGGGUUAUACAUUGUUAGUGCUUUCAGACAGAGCUUUUUCAUCAAACCGUGUUGCUGUGAGUUCCCUUUUGGCUGUUGGUGCUGUCCAUCAUCACCUUGUUAAAAAGCUUGAGCGCACUCGUAUAGGAUUGAUAGUUGAAUCAGCUGAACCACGAGAGGUGCACCAUUUCUGUACGCUUGUUGGAUUUGGCGCAGAUGCUAUUUGCCCAUACUUGUCCAUAGAGGCAAUUUGGAGAUUACAGGUUGAUGGCAAGAUCCCACCGAAAUCUAAUGGUGAGUUCCAUUCAAAGGAGGAGUUGGUCAAGAAGUAUUUCAAGGCAAGCAACUACGGAAUGAUGAAAGUUCUUGCCAAAAUGGGGAUAUCAACUUUAGCCUCAUAUAAGGGUGCUCAGAUUUUUGAAGCCCUGGGCCUUUCAUCAGAAGUGAUUGAGAAGUGCUUUGCUGGAACUCCAAGCAGGGUAGAGGGGGCAACAUUUGAGAUGCUUGCCCAUGAUGCGCUUCACUUGCAUGAGUUGGCAUUUCCUACGCGGGUGUUCCCUCCUGGAAGUGCGGAAGCUGUAGCACUGCCCAAUCCUGGGGAUUAUCAUUGGAGGAAAAAUGGUGAGAUUCACUUGAAUGAUCCUCUUGCUAUAGCAAAGCUGCAAGAAGCUGCCAGGGGUAACAGUGUUGCUGCCUAUAAGGAAUACUCCAAGCGCAUUCAGGAGUUGAACAAAAACUGCAAUUUACGUGGUCUGUUGAAGUUUAAGGAGGCAGAGGUGAAAGUUCCCCUGGAGGAAGUGGAACCGGCAAGUGAAAUUGUGAAACGGUUCUGUACUGGGGCAAUGAGUUAUGGAUCGAUAUCAUUGGAGGCGCACACAACACUGGCUAUUGCCAUGAAUAAAAUUGGUGGGAAAUCUAACACAGGUGAGGGAGGUGAGCAACCAUCUCGUAUGGAGCCUCUUCCUGAUGGUUCAAUGAAUCCAAAGAGGAGUGCCAUCAAGCAAGUUGCAAGUGGGAGAUUUGGAGUGUCGAGUUAUUACCUCACAAAUGCUGAUGAACUACAAAUAAAAAUGGCACAGGGGGCUAAGCCCGGUGAAGGAGGUGAACUUCCCGGCCACAAGGUUAUAGGAGACAUUGCAGUGACCAGAAAUUCUACUGCUGGAGUUGGACUUAUUAGUCCCCCACCCCAUCAUGAUAUAUACUCAAUCGAAGACCUUGCUCAAUUGAUCCAUGAUCUUAAGAAUGCCAAUCCAGGGGCUCAAAUUAGUGUGAAGUUAGUAUCUGAAGCUGGUGUCGGAGUAAUUGCAAGUGGUGUUGUGAAGGGGCAUGCUGACCACGUCUUGAUCUCGGGUCAUGAUGGAGGUACAGGGGCUUCUCGAUGGACUGGCAUUAAAAAUGCUGGCCUCCCAUGGGAACUUGGUUUGGUUGAAACCCACCAAACUCUGGUUGCUAAUGAUCUCCGUGGCCGCACAGUUCUUCAGACAGAUGGUCAACUAAAAACUGGAAGAGACGUGGCCAUUGCUGCACUUCUUGGGGCAGAAGAGUUUGGCUUCAGCACUGCACCUCUUAUUACACUUGGCUGCAUCAUGAUGCGGAAGUGCCACAAGAAUACCUGUCCUGUUGGCAUUGCUACCCAAGAUCCUGUUCUACGAGAAAAGUUCGCUGGCGAACCCGAGCAUGUUAUUAAUUUCUUCUUUAUGCUUGCUGAGGAGGUGAGGGAGAUCAUGGCCAACCUUGGUUUCCGGACAUUGAAUGAGAUGGUUGGUCGUUCAGACAUGCUUGAGGUUGAUAAGGAAGUUGCAAAGACUAAUGAGAAGCUGGAGAAUAUUGAUCUCUCCCUGUUACUUAGACCUGCUGCUGAUAUUCGGCCUGAAGCUGCCCAGUACUGUGUCCAAAAACAGGAUCAUGGCUUGGACAUGGCUUUGGACCAGAAGCUCAUUGCUUUGUCCAAGGCCGCUUUGGAGAAAGGUCUUCCUGUGUACAUUGAAACACCAAUCUGCAAUGUGAACCGUGCUGUUGGAACAAUGCUUAGCCAUGAAGUGACUAAGCGUUACCACUUGGCAGGGCUUCCUGCAGAUACCAUUCACAUCAAACUUAGUGGAAGUGCAGGGCAGAGCCUUGGAGCUUUCCUUUGCCCUGGCAUCUUGUUGGAGCUUGAAGGUGACAGCAAUGACUAUGUUGGUAAAGGAUUGUCUGGCGGCAAGGUUGUAGUUUAUCCACCAAAGGGAAGUCGUUUUGAUCCAAAAGAAAACAUUGUCAUUGGAAAUGUGGCUCUUUAUGGGGCCAUUAAUGGGGAGGCAUAUUUCAAUGGAAUGGCGGCAGAAAGAUUCUGUGUCCGUAAUUCAGGAGCGAAAGCUGUUGUUGAAGGUGUUGGUGAUCAUGGAUGUGAAUACAUGACUGGCGGGACAGUUGUUGUGCUUGGAAAAACUGGAAGGAAUUUUGCGGCUGGUAUGAGUGGGGGUAUUGCUUAUGUUCUUGAUGUGGAUGGAAAAUUUCAUUCUCGAUGCAAUCCUGAGCUGGUAGAUCUUGAUAAGGUCGAAGAGGAAGAGGAUAUUAUGACUCUGAGAAUGAUGAUACAGCAACAUCAGCGAUACACAAACAGCCAGUUGGCCAAAGAAGUUCUUUCCGACUUUGAGAAUCUUUUGCCUAAAUUUAUAAAGGUCUUUCCAAGGGAUUACAAACGAGUUCUUGCAAACAUGAAAGAAGAAGCUGCCUCAAAAGAGGCAAUGGAACGUUCUGACAAAGAAGCUGAGGAACAAGAUGAGGCAGAAUUAAUGGAAAAAGAUGCUUUUGAAGAGCUCAAGAAGUUGGCUGCUGCAUCUUUGAAUGAGAAAUCCAGUGAGGUUGAUCAAGCUGAAGAAACCAAAAGGCCUAGUCGGGUUGCUGAUGCUGUUAAACAUCGGGGUUUUAUUGCUUAUGAGCGUGAGGGCGUUCAAUACAGGGAUCCUAAUGUUCGGAUGAAUGAUUGGGAGGAAGUUAUGGAGGAAUCAACGCCUGGCCCACUUUUAAAGACUCAAUCUGCCCGUUGUAUGGAUUGUGGUACCCCUUUCUGCCACCAGGAGCACUCUGGUUGUCCACUUGGAAACAAAAUACCAGAAUUCAACGAGUUAGUGUACCAAAAUAGGUGGCAUGAAGCACUUGAUCGACUCCUUGAGACAAAUAACUUCCCAGAAUUCACUGGUCGAGUGUGUCCUGCACCUUGUGAAGGUUCUUGUGUACUUGGCAUUAUUGAGAAUCCAGUAUCUAUCAAAAAUAUCGAGUGCAGCAUCAUAGACAAGGCGUUUGAGGAGGGUUGGAUGGUGCCACGGCCUCCUCUGAGGAGAACUGGGAGAAGGGUCGCUAUUAUUGGAAGUGGACCAUCUGGCUUGGCUGCUGCUGAUCAGCUUAACAGAAUGGGUCAUUUGGUGACUGUCUAUGAGCGUGCAGAUCGAAUUGGAGGGCUUAUGAUGUAUGGAGUCCCCAACAUGAAGACUGACAAAGUGGAUGUAGUUCAGCGGCGGGUUAACCUCAUGGCUGAAGAAGGUGUUAAUUUUGUUGUGAAUGCUAAUGUUGGAGUUGAUCCUUCGUUUUCUCUUGAUCAGCUUCGAGAGGAGAAUGAUGCCAUUGUUUUGGCAGUAGGUGCCACAAAACCGAGGGACCUUCCUGUACCUGGACGGGAAUUGUCAGGCGUCCAUUUUGCCAUGGAGUUCCUUCAUAAAAACACAAAGAGCUUGCUUGAUAGUAAUCUUCAGGAUGGUAACUACAUCUCUGCUAAGGACAAGAAAGUAGUCGUCAUUGGUGGAGGUGACACUGGUACAGACUGCAUAGGGACAUCCAUCCGGCAUGGUUGUAGUAGCAUUGUUAAUCUUGAGCUUCUACCUCAGCCACCAAAAUCUAGGGCUCCAGGCAACCCUUGGCCCCAGUGGCCUAGAGUCUUCCGUGUAGAUUAUGGGCACCAGGAAGCUGCUGCCAAGUUUGGCAAAGACCCAAGAUCUUAUGAGGUAUUGACUAAGCGGUUUGUGGGAGAUGAAAAUGGUGUUGUGAAAGGACUUGAGGUGGUACGCGUCCAUUGGGAGAAGGAUGCUAGUGGGAAGUUUCAAUUUAAGGAGGUUGAAGGCUCCGAAGAAAUUAUUGAAGCUGACCUAGUUUUCUUAGCCAUGGGUUUCCUUGGUCCUGAGCCGACUGUGGCAGAGAAGCUGGGAUUGGAGCGAGACAACCGGUCAAAUUUCAAGGCAGAUUAUGGCCGCUUUGCAACCAGUGCGGAAGGGGUCUUUGCAGCUGGGGAUUGCCGGCGAGGCCAGUCCCUUGUGGUGUGGGCAAUCUCAGAGGGUCGCCAAGCCGCUGAACAGGUGGAUAAAUACCUCACGAGAGAAGAGUCCGAAUCUGGCAGUGGCAGUCAUGAAGAUGAUGUUGAGAAGAGGCAACAGGACUUCACCAAGAGGCAACAAGACAAACAGAGAGUUAUGACUUAAGUGAACUGGAUUCUUUCCUUCUUCAUACAGUGCUCAAAAGCGGUAGAACUGAU